ACUAUGAGACUAUCCCUACUGUGGUUUUUGCCCAUCCACCGAUUGGUACUUGUGGUCUCACAGAAGCUCAAGCCGUUGAGAAGUAUGGUAAGGAUAAUCUAAAGAUCUAUCGUUCAAGGUUUGUGAAUCUUUAUUAUGGUAUAUUCCAAGUAGAGCCCUCUGAUAAACCAAAGACUUUGGUAAAAGUAAUCUGUACCGGUCCAGAGGAGAAGGUUGUUGGUCUUCAUGUCAUCGGUAUGGGUGCUGAUGAGCUUUUACAAGGCUUUGCAGUAGCUAUGAGGAUGGGUGCCACUAAGGCUGAUCUUGAUCGUACUGUUGCUAUACAUCCUACUGCUGGUGAGGAGAUUGUUACUCUAGCACCUUGGGGACCUAUGUCUAAGCAUUAA